GCGAGUCAUGAGUGCCCUCUUCUUUAAUGCCCCCUUCUCCAAAAACUGAAUGAACUUCUCUUUGCUUUCUAAACGAGCAAAGAAAAUCGAAGACAAGAUUUUUAUUUUUGGUUUGAUGUAAUAACCAAGCAAUGUAGGAUUGUUAGUACACUCAUAUGAGAUAAAACAUCUGUUUCUAGAUCAUGUUUUUGUGUAAUAAGUUGUGGGAUCUUGAAUUUCUGUAACUAAGUGACACCUCAUUUCUAGGCUAUAUUUCUGGGCGAUUCCCUUAGUGUUUUGUCGUGGUUAAUUUUUUUUUGGCGCUUGAGACUCAAAGGUGCCAUCUUUUGAGUGUCACUAAUAGUGCAAGUUUCGGUUUUCAAAGUUCAACGGUAAAAAUAUACAUAUUCUUUAUACUUGGAACUUGGAACUUAAUUAAGCUGGAUUGGUCUUAUUGAUAUGAAUCUUUUAAUAAAGAAGGGAGAAAGCAAAGUAACAGAGUAAUCAGAGACGGAAAGAUAAAUAAAUAGGGUGCGAGUGAGGUGGAGUCAGAUUUAUGCUUGUGGGUUGUCUCUAAUUAGUGAAUUGUUUAGUGUAGAGUGCCUGUUGGCCAUGUCUCCUGGGCUGAUUCAUUGCCUCCGUACUCCCUGGGCUUUGCCGCCGAUUUAGGCAACAGCCAUUUCUUUGGCUAUCAUUUUAUUUAAGAGAUCCUUUUAGUUGAAAAACUACUCAAUCCCAUCUUCUUUACAUCCCUUCAACUCACUCUCUCUCUCCGUCACACUUCCUGCCUUGGUUUCUGUCAAGAUUCGGUCAUACCUUGACAUAUAUUGUUCACCGUCUCCUGAGAUCCUUAUUGACUCUCCCUUAGGCCUAGAAGCCUGUUACAAUUGAGAAACUUGGUCCCCACAUCUGGAGUAUCUUUUCCAAUUCAGGAAUUUUUUUCUCGAGUUGGGUUAUGUUAAUGUUUCUUUGGGAAUGUGUGGUGGUGAGCGUAUAGCAUAAGGUGUUUGAUUUAGGAGUGAUCAAUUGAGUGCAGGGACGGUUUGUUUCGAAACUACAGUAUUUGGAUCUUUAGUCUGACAAGAUGAAGUUCAUGAAACUUGGAUCAAAGCCAGAUUCAUUUCAGGCAGAAGCGAACAGUAUUAGAUAUGUGGCUACUGAGUUGGCAACUGAUAUCAUUGUUAACGUGGGGGAUAUAAAGUUUUAUCUGCAUAAGUUUCCUCUUCUGUCAAAAAGUGCUUACUUGCAGAAUUUGGUAACAAUUGCCAACGGAGAAAAUAGUGAUGAAGUUGAAAUUUCUGAUAUUCCGGGUGGGCCUUCUGCCUUUGAGAUAUGUGCCAAAUAUUGCUAUGGCAUGACUGUAACCCUCAAUGCUUAUAAUGUAGUUGCUGCCCGUUGUGCGGCUGAGUACCUGGGAAUGCAUGAGACUAUUGAAAAAGGGAACCUCAUUUACAAAAUUGAUGUCUUCCUUAGCUCUAGCAUUUUUCACAGCUGGAAGGAUUCAAUCAUUGUUCUUCAGACCACAAGGUCGCUUUUGCCAUUAUCUGAGGAACUGAAGGUGACCAGCCAUUGCAUUCACGCUGUAGCUACCAAGGCCUGUGUUGAUGUUUCAAAAGUCAACUGGGCCUAUUCGUAUAACCGGAGAAAACUCCCUGAGGAAAAUGGGAAUGAUCCAAACUUGAAUGGUCUGAGAAACCGGUUAGUGCCAAAGGACUGGUGGGUUGAGGAUUUAUGUGAGCUUGAAAUUGGUUUGUAUAAACGCGUUCUUAUUACAAUCCAAACCAAAGGCACACUUUCUGAUGAGGUGAUUGGAGAAGGUUUGAAAGCUUACGCUUACAGAAGGUUGCCAGGUUUCAGUAAGGGUACGAUCCAGUGUGGAGACGCAGCAAAAUAUAGAUCAACUGUUGAUACCAUUGUGUGUCUGUUGCCUGCUGAGCGAGGCAGCGUCCCCUGUAAUUUUUUGUUGAAGCUAUUAAAAGCAGCCAUAUAUGUUGACUUGGGCGAUGCAAUCAAAGGACAGCUGAUAAGGAGAAUUGGACAGCAACUAGAGGAGGCUUCUGUAAAUGAUCUUUUGAUUCAUGCUGGGGAAGGGGAGAACAUGAUGUAUGAUGUUGAUGCAGUAAAGAAAAUGGUGGAAGAGUUUCUGAUGCGAGAUCACAUUGCCGAGAUGGAGUCUGAAGAAGGCCAUGAGGUUCAGGAGAUAAGAAAACCAGGGAUUUUAUCUGAUGCUUCCAAGCUCAUGGUGGCAAAACUGGUAGAUGGGUACCUAGCUGAAAUAGCAAAGGAUCCCAAUCUACCCCUCUUGAAGUUUGUUGAGCUUGCUGAGAUGGUAUCUGGUAUCUGUAGACCAGCUCAUGAUGCACUGUACCGGGCAGUUGACAUGUAUCUCAAGGAACACCCAGGGAUCAGCAAGAGUGAGAGGAAGAGGAUAUGCAAAUUGAUGGACUGCAAGAAACUAUCAGUUGAUGCGUGCAUGCAUGCGGUGCAGAAUGACAGACUACCAUUGCGUGUAGUUGUGCAGGUACUCUUUUUUGAACAGGUCAGGGUGGCUGCCUCAUCUGGCAGUAGCACCCCCGACCUUCCUAAAAGCAUAAGGGAUCUAAACAAUGGGUCUCAAAGGAGCUCGAGGUCAGCGAAUACUAACACAGAGGGAGAUUGGGAUGUUGUGGCAACUGCUGAGGAGCUCAAGGCUCUAAAGGAGGAGGUAGCUUCCUUGAGAUUGGCUAAUAGUAGAAAUGGUGUCGAUAAGGCUGUCAGCAGCAAAAUGAGAGGGAUGCUCAAGUCGAAGAUCCUUACAAAGCUCUGGUCAAGCAAAGGAGAAAAGGGCGAGAAUAGUGGCUCGGAUUCAUCAGAAAGUCUUGGUUCUGCUAACAUGGAAGAAGCUAAAUCCACGCCUUCCAGAAACAUCAGGCAUUCAGUCUCUUAGAAGAAUUUAGUUACAGAGAGUAGUUUUUCUUACAUGUUUCUUAUUGGCUUUUUGCCAAUGUCAAUGAAUAUAACAACUUAAAAGCAGUAGUGUUUAUCUUCUAAAUUCUAAUUGAGCAAACUGAGGCGUAUAUACUUUUCAAUAACAGUUCUUUAUUUUGU